AUGGAGCGGUCGAUACUGACGCCAAACAGGCUCUCAAUAUUGCAAUCACUUUAUAAAUCUAGACAGUCUCGCCUGACUGAUUGGUAUAAUUCCGCUGCGGCUCUACAAUGCGAUCGCAAUCGUGGUCGUCUCUCCGAGUCGACAUCACGAACCUCUUACAAUAUCCAAGUCAAACGAUCAUUUCAUAACACCCCCAUAAACAAAGGUACAACAACACAAAAUAACCCAGAAACUCAUCAAGCCUACCCUUUAUCAGGCUACUACUCCGACGUCCUGUCCUUCAACCAACCAGCACAUCAACAACCUCACCAACCACUUAGUAGCGAUAACAACAACAACAAACCCACGGAAGAGAAGAAGGAACCAACAAAAGAAGAAAAAAUGUCCAUCGUAUUCGGCACCCGUCUCGCAGGCCCAGGCUACCAGUCAACCCGCUACAACCCCGAAACCAUGCGUCCAGAAUCAACCUGGCAACAAGUCAACGGCAUACCGAUCCCGCCGCGGCCCAUGGAACCAGAUAAUUGCUGUAUGAGCGGAGAUGAUUUGGAGCAUUGGGCUUCGAGGGUUAGGGAUGCUAGGCUUGCUGGUAAAGGCGGUUCGAUGGCAACUGCUAAGGGCCAGAAGGGUAAAGAGAUGAAACAAAGUCCAAGGAAGGAAGUUGCUAGUGCCAGUAUGAGUAUGGAUGAUGAUGGAGGUGGGAGUGAGACGAAUUGGGAUCUACCUUUGGAAUUGGGUGUGGAAAGUGAAGAGGAUUUGUUCAAGGGGAUUCCUGUGGGGAUUAGAGAGUUUAUGAAGACGGAGAAGAAACUGAGGGAGAACAAGAUGCAUCCAUGA